AUGAAGAAUUUAACGUUAAAUUUAUUUUUAUUUUUAAAUAAAAUAAUAGAUAAAUAUAUAUGUAUAUUAUUUAUUUUAUUUUUAUUUUAUAUAAUUGGGGAUGAUUAUUUCUAUUGUUAUUGUUCAAAAAAUAAUAAAUUAAUAGAUUUUAAUAUAGACCCAAUAAUAAAAAUAAAUGAGAGAAUUAAAAGAACUGUUAUUUUAGACAGUAAUACAAAGAAUAUAUUUCCAAUUAUUAAUGGGUGUUUACCUAUUGGACCUAGUAUUGUUAUUACAAAACAAGAUUUAACUAUGAGUAAUACAAAUUACAAUACUUUUUUAUUAAUGAGAAGAAUACUUAAAAAUUUAUAUAGAAGUUCAUAUGGAAUAAUUCUUGCUAGUAAAUUUUCUAAAGUUGAAAAUAUUAGAAUUUUUGCAAUUGAUACUUCAGGACAAUUUAGACCAAUAGAUAUAAUUCAAUCGAAUAGUAAGAAAAUUGAUGGGUUAAAUAAGAAAUGGUUAAAAAAAAGAAAAAUACCUACUUCAAAAGCCACAUUAAAAGAUUUAGGAAUUGAUCAUAAUUAUUCUUCAAUAAAAAAAGAAGAGAAUUUAAUUUCUGAGGGAAGUAAUGGACUUUCUUUGAAUAUAAAUGGAAUGGAUUUAAUAAAUAAUGAAGAGAGAAAAAAACCAGUAUCUUUAAUUCAAAUACGAACAUUAAAAAAUAAUAAAUUUAAGAAAAUGUUAAAUAUACAUAUGAUUACAAUUCCAUCAAGAAUUAAAGAGGAUUUGAUUUUAUGUAAAUGUUCAAUAAAACCAAUUGAUCAUAAAAGACUUUUAGAAUUAGCUCAAACACUACAAUUUAGUAUAAUUAAUGGAAUAAAUAUUAAUAAUAUUAUUUGGUUUAAUUUACCAAAGAUGAUUCGUUUAUUAUUAUUAGAUAUAAUGAGGAAUUCAAGUAUAAUUCGUGCCAUGAGUCCUUUAUUUAAAUUAUAUAAUAAUACAGAAGAAUAUUUUAAUAUAGCUAAAUAUUAUUCAACUGAACAACAGAAGCAAUAUUAUAAAAAUUAUUUUAGUGAUAUAAGGAAUUCUUAUAAAAAUAAGUUAUUAAUUGAAUUUUUGAGUGAAACAAUAGGUCUUUUUGGGAAUUUUUUUCAAGAAUUAAUUUCUAAUGAUAAUAUACAAGAUAUUUUAGAAGAAAUUGAGAUUUCUAGUAUUGAAAAAAGUUUACUAAUAAAUAAUAAUAUAGAUACAUAUACAUUUGAUGAUAAAUAUCAGGUUUUAAAUUCUAUUUUAUUAGAUUUGCCUGCUAAUAAUAAUUGUAUUUUAUCUUCAAUUGAGAUUUUUAAAGAAGCCUCAGAAGCCUCAUAUAAAAGUUUUUUUUCAUUAUGUUAA